UGUGAAGAUUGGUGGACCAAGAAAUCCGUUGGGUGGCAUUCUCAAAGACAAUGGUUCACGAUGGGAUUAUCAGCAUCAUCGCACUUACUUGCGACGCAUCCAAUGGCGGCUCCUAUGCUUCUCAGAGGCUUUCCGCUCCUCCACCUCCGACUUCAACUUUACCACUACAGACUCUCUGCCUGCUGCAUACCGCCGCCUCGUUGGCAUUUAUGCACCGCCGCCAUUGAGUCCACUCGACCGGAGGAGAACACGUCGUCAUCUACUGAUAACUCCGGUUCCUUACACAGCGUUAAGGACUCGACCAAGUACCAGAGGUGGAACGACGCUGAUUACCGCCAGUGGAAAAAUAAAGAGGAAGAGAUUCUCAAGGACAUCUCGCCUAUUGUUUUGCUCACCAAGAACAUCCUUCAUUCGGGAUUGUAUAUGGACGGAGAACGAUUAACACCGGAGGAUGAGAAAGCUGUAGUGGAAAGACUCCUUUCCUAUCAUCCGCACGCUGAAGAUAAAAUCGGAUGCGGACUUGAUUCUAUUAUGGUUGAUCGACACCCCCAAUUCAGUCAUUCACGGUGCCUAUUUAUCAUUAGAACUGAUGGAGCAUGGAUAGACUUCUCAUACCAGAAGUGUCUUCGACAAUAUGUUCGAGAGAAGUACCCGUCUCACGCAGAAAGAUUCAUACGAGAACAUUUCAAACGUGGUAGUGGUUUAUAAUUAUUAGGGGUAAGUUUGACUUUUUUCCCCUUUUGAACAAGGAAAUUUUAUAUUGGUUUAGCGACCGACAACUCACCCAUUGUCAAUGCAGCAGAUAAUCCUGGACUAAAACUAAACGGUUUACUUUAAAAAUGAAGACAAUGAAAAUUAUUUAAUUGGACUUCA